UAGGGGAACUAUGUAAGAGGACUAGGUAUGUGAGCUUAAGUUCCUGAUUUGGCUUUCUGUUCAAACAUCAUGUGAUCAUUUGGAAGUCACCAGACCUUCUGAUCCAAUGGUAUGGUGUGACUGGCAGGAGGAAGUGCAGAGUAUUCUGGGUAAGUUGUUUUGCUCUGUAUAGAUGGAGUAUCAUUUUUUGAAAGUGCUGAUGGAACUCUCAUGCUGCUCUGAGGUCAGGCAGCUACAAAAGCCCCUUCUAUCUCACCAGAACAAUCCAGUGUGGAGGUGUAUUGUAGAGUCUUUUUGUCCAGGUACAGAGGGGUGGAGCCAGUACAAUAUGCAGCCUCUGCCCUUGGUGUGGUAUAAAUGGCAGACCUCCAGAGGAAUAGCACUGAUUAUUUAACUGUGGAUGAUGGCAGAGAGGAGCUUUUUGCUACAACUUGUGCUGCUGUUUUUUCUGGGUCUUGCACUGGAGACAGCUUACACCCAUGCCUUCACCCCCAGCCGCCUCCAGCAGCACAAAAUCCUCCACCUGGACUGGCCCAGGGAUUGUGGCCUGGCUCACUUCAAACCACAAACCACAGAACGCAUUGUAUCAGGCAAUGAGGCCAGACCCCACUCAUGGCCGUGGCAGGUCUCACUGCAGGUUCGACCUAGAGGCAGCAAGCACUAUGUCCAUGUGUGUGGUGGGACUCUGAUUCACAAAAACUGGGUGCUCACUGCAGCCCACUGCUUCCAGAAGGGUAAAGCUGAAGAUGCAGGUAAUUGGCGUAUUGUUUUGGGGAAGCACCAGCUAAAGAGAUCUGAAGCAGCCGAGCGUAUUUUCCCUGUGAAGAGAAUCUACAGACACGAGCAUUUUCACUACCCAGUGCACAGUGAACUGGACCAUGACAUAGCUUUGGUUAAAGCAGGCACAGACAUCCUGCCCAGCAACUUUAUCCGCUACGCCUGCCUGCCGCGCAAGCAGACCAACCUAAAACCUGGCCAUUACUGCUGGGUGACCGGCUGGGGGGACACACGAGGUGGAAAAGAUAAUGUGUCACUGGCUGAGUCACUAAACCAGGCCCGUCUGCCCAUCAUCGACCACAAAACAUGCCGGCAGAAGAAGUUUUGGGGAGACCGUGUGAGGGAAUCCAUGAUCUGUGCUGGCUUCAGAGACACAGAGGGAACUCCUGCUGCCUGCCAGGGAGAUUCAGGUGGUCCUCUAAUGUGUCAGGUGGGUGAGGAUCGCUGGGAGGUGCGUGGCGUAGUGAGCUUCGGCCCCAUCGGCUGCACAGUGGAAAAUAAGCCCAGCGUCUUUACUCGCACUGCUGCUUACAUCCCCUGGAUUGAGGCCACUCGCAUCAGGGACUUCUUUUUCCAUUGAUAUCUCUGUCUCCAGUGACCACCAAGACCAACUCUAAGGGGUGUACAGUUGUGGAGUGACCAUACUACCUGCACCUGGCAUGGGUUUAGUUCCACACAUUCACUCAUCCAUCUGCACCGCACUGUACUUAGCUCUAGGAGAGCAGUCAGUCCUCCACUGUCCGAGCACAGUUUCUGCUGCAGUGUGGGUCACUUCAGUGCAUUACUUAUAUGACUGUUCAGCUCCCAAGUCCUUACCAGCUGCCUUUAAGAGCACGUUGGCUACCACCUUCUGCUAUCUUUUUAAAAACACAUAAUACAAUACAAAUCAAUUAAUAAACUGGCAUUAGUGUCUAUUCUUAAUAAAAGAUUUGAA